CAAGUGAGGGCACCGUAUGUUCCUGUGGACAUCAAAGCUUUUUAGAAAUGGGUAAAAUUGGUACUGGCAGCAACAAAAAUCGGACAAGUCGGAGUAACAAGAAUGAGCAGAAGGUCAAAGCAUCAAAUGGAUCAAAGAGAAAGAAGGCUGUUAGGAGGAAUUCACAUGAAGACAAAGAAAACCUUCCUGGAUGUGUUCAAAAGACAAAUGUACAUAAAAGAAAGCGGGAGCCCCUUCAACCAACUAGCAGUAUUUCAGAUCAUUACCCUAAAAAGAAGCGUGUGGUUGCAACACAGAAGGAAUUUUAUUCCAUGUCAAAUAAGCCUCUUGGAUAUUGUUUGAUCAUCAACAACUAUAACUUUGAGAGAACGUCACUUGGAAACCGGAGAGGGACAGAUAAAGAUAAAGAUGAUCUCACCAGAGUGUUUGAGAACAUGUUUUUCAAAGUUGAGGUGCAGGAUGAUUUGCAAGCGUCAGAUAUGCAGAAUGUGAUAAAGGAGCUUGCAGAGAGGGAUCACACUCAGAUGGAUGCUUUUGUCUGCUGCAUCCUGUCCCAUGGAGAAAAAGGCUCUGUUCUGGGAAUAGAUGGAAAACCAGUUCCGAUCCGUGAAGUCACACAGCCUUUUGCUGAAUGCCACACUCUAGUUAACAAGCCGAAGCUUUUCUUCAUUCAAGCCUGUCAGGGUAAUGAGGCCCAGCAAGGUGUGUGGAUGGCAGAUGGACAGGAGAACACCAGAGAAGGAACAUUUGAGAAGGUUUCUCAUACUGCAGCAACGCACGGUGUCCCUAAAGAUGCUGAUUUUCUCAUUGGAAUAGCAACGGUUGAGCACUACAAAUCUUUCCGCCACACAAAACAUGGGUCCAUCUAUAUCCAGGAACUCUGCAAACAGCUGGAAAGUGGCUGUCACUGGAAAGAGGACAUACACUCCAUUUUGACAAAGGUGAAUAGAAUAGUGAGCUCCAAAAUCCUUCAGGGUUGCAAGCAGAUGCCUGAGGUUCACUACACUCUAACCAAAACACUGGUACUGCCCAUGAAGCAUGCGUCCUGAUUAGCUGUGGCAUGACAAUCUGGCAUCCAUCCAUCUCUUCCUCCCUUGUGGGAAAAGUGCCUUUUGUAAUGCAUUUAGAAUUUUAAUCCUGAAAAGUAUGUACUGCAGACAGCUAGCAGUUGAAAUUCCAAAAUAUUGGAGAAAGAAGUUUCUCCCUCCUCCUCCUCAAACUGAUGAUGCAAUGAUUUAUCCACGUUUUAAUAUGCCUCGUUAUAGAGCUUUUUAGAUGGAUGCUGAGGCUUUUUAGGUCAGGUAGAAUCUGUGAUCACUGACCCAGUUUGUUUGCUGCAAGGCUGCAAUAGAGUGGGGGAACUAUGGCGUCACUUUGUAGGUGGAUCGGCUGUUAGCGUCACACUGGUUCUCUUGACAAAAAGCCAAUAGGAUUUUUCCAUAGGCUUUUGGAUUAUCGCAAAAAAUAAGCUUUUUUUUGCUGAAAUUUGAAGCCUAAAUACAAGCGCCAGAACUAAAAAGCUAACAUUAGGCUAUUAAUGAACUACAGCACCACUGUCGCUCGCCUUCAACGUCACCACCACCACGCUU